GUAGACAUGUAUUUGAAGAUGUCACAGCCGAGCCGAGCAAGUCUGGAAACAUCAAGAAUUAGUCUAGAAGUUGGCAGAGGUGGGCGACCAGUUGUUGAACGCCAUCGUAAGACAAGGAUUCACGCGCACGCCCUAUGCCCAAACAAGGAGCGCGUUUCCGAUUGUGAAGGGUAUCGAGCAAGCGACUUGAAAGAAUUUCCUACAACAGGCGUGGUGCCCUCGGACCGUCUUCUGGUGGGUAGGUGUCAGAGCUAGAGGAUGUCGCGCAGAAGGUUCAUGGACCUCUUCCAUCUCAAAUAUUGUGUAGACAGUAGGCGCUUGCGAGGGAUCCUAACUCAAACACACCGGCAUCUGGAUAGACCUAUCGUAUGGUGAGCAUCUGCUUCUUGGGCAGCCUCGAGAAUCAUCGCCUUCAAAUGGGUCGGAAUCUCUACCAGUCAGUGUAGCUGCAUUCACCGACUCAGAGCCUCAGUCCGGUGGUGAGGAGUCACAGCCAGAGUCCCCAGCCCCAGGUG